AGAGUGAUAGCCUGCCAUUGCAGAUCGGUGGAGCCCGUCACUCUCAAUUGUCCCAAGGGGCCGUUGGAACCGUAAUUUUUGAUGUCUUCACUUUUUCACCAUGCACGUCGCCUGAGUGGCGUCAUGGGGAAGAAGUUCUGCGUUGCCGGUGUGCUCACUGUCUCCGGCGAGGCGUCAAGCAUGCACAACAUACCUAUGACUAGGGUGACAGAGGGCAGGACAAUACCCUUCUACGGUGUCAGUUGCAAGGCUUCCGAAGAAACCACCAAACUAAACCGACGCUCUAGACCAAGCCAAACCAGCCCUAUGGCUUGGCUUGGCGUGCGGGCUUGCAACUAUGCCAAGCCGUCAGGUAUCCUGACCCCGAGAAUCAUGGUUAGAACCGCUAUAUAUACCCCUAACCCUUUAAUAAUCGACAAGGCGGCUAGGGGCUAAGAUCAAGCUGGUGGUUGGGAUGGCAUCCAGACAGGCCUGCCGGCCACUAUUAUACAAGCCGGCAAGCCAAACCAGAAAAACGGUUUGACUUGCCAAAUCGACCAAUAUUGCCGAUUGACUUGGUUUGGCUUGGAUUUGGCAAGUCUUCUCUUGAGGUGGUUGAUUUGUUCGGAGCCUUGGUUAACUAGUUCUCAUUUUCUUUUCACAGUUCUUCCUGACUAAUCGAAGGAG